GGGAGCCGCCUGGAACGCGUCGUCGCACGAUCCUCGUGAUUCACUUCAGGAUUCGUGGCUGACUACGCGAAGGAUUUUCCUUCUUCGAACCGACCACCUCUGCGAGGUCGCUUCUCGUUUCGUCGAGUAUCGUGUGCCAGUGAGAGGUAGACGGGUGUAGCAGCCAGGUACCACGAUGGCGGACGAUGAGAGGAAACGUCUCGAGGAUGAAAAGAAGAGGAAACAGGCGGAGACGGAUCGAAAGAGGGCGGAGGUCCGCGCCCGCCUUGAAGAGGCUUCCAAAGCCAAGAAGGCGAAGAAGGGUUUCAUGACCCCUGACAGGAAGAAGAAGCUUAGGCUGUUGCUGCGAAAGAAAGCCGCGGAAGAAUUGAAAAAGGAGCAAGAGAGAAAGGCAGCCGAGAGAAGGCGCAUUAUCGAGGAACGUUGUGGAAAGCCGAAGAACGUGGACGACGCUAGCGAAGAAACCGUGAAGCGCGUGCUGCGUGAAUACCACAAUAGGAUCACAGCAUUGGAGGAUCAAAAAUUCGACCUCGAAUAUGUUGUGAAGAAGAAGGACUACGAGAUCGCGGACUUGAACAGCCAGGUGAACGACCUCCGAGGUAAAUUCAUGAAACCCACGCUGAAGAAAGUCUCCAAGUACGAAAACAAGUUCGCCAAACUGCAGAAGAAGGCGGCCGAGUUUAACUUCCGUAACCAGCUUAAACAGGUUAAGAAGAAGGAAUUCACCCUCGAGGAAGAGGACAAGGAGAAUGCGUCAAAAGAUAAGAAGAAACCCGACUGGUCGAAGAAAGGCGACGAAAAGAAGGGGGAAGCUCCAGCUCCAGAACCAUCACCACAGCCGGAGCCAACACCAUCACCACAGCCGGAGCCAACACCAUCACCAACACCUGCACCUCCACCGCCAGAAGCAGCUCCAACACCAUCGCCAGAACCGCCAGCGCCAUCACCAGCACCUCCUGCUGAGGGAGCUCCGCCAGCGGAAGGUGCUCCACCUGCAGAAGGAGCGCCAGCACCUCCAGCAGGUGCACCUGCGCCAGCGGAAGGAACCCCAGCAGCACCAGCACCAGCAGCCCCACCAGCCGAAGGUGCUGCACCUGCGGAGGGAGCGCCAGCUCCAGCUGCACCCCCAGCAGAGGCUGCGCCGGCACCCGCGCCCGCUGAAGCUAAGGUAGUUUUACUUUUGAAAGUUACAAUGAACAUCACUCCCAAUCGCCCGAUAACUGGUUCGAAGUUCAUCACGUACGCACCGGCAUCGUAACUUCGUCGAAGUUGAAACGGACGAAGGGUCACCUCGCUAUAUGAUUUCCACUCGUCACAUCGUCAGAAUUUGCAUAAAACGUACACGGAUAAGCAUAGAGUACGGAUAUACAGAUACGUCGAGUCGUAUCAUACUCGUCGUUAUGGUUCAUGCGUUGCUUGUCAUCGUUGUCAUCACCGUCAUCAUCAUCGUUAUCGUAACCAUUGUUUUCGUCCCGUACACGCGUCAGCUUCAACGUCAUGGCAUACGUUAUUGCGUAUCUCGAGAAAUGCGAGCGAAACGAAGCGAAAGAAGAUACAUACAUAUAAAUGGGGGGAGGGGGCGAGAUAGAAAAAGAGACGUUUGUCGUUGACGCGUUUUCCUUCGUUCCUUCGUGGAUUUUGCGACACCUUGUUGUUCAAAGUAAAUCGAGAAUCAUGACGGGGUGCCUGGGCAAUUUUUCCGCUUGUUUUACCUAAUCAUAGGAGGAAAUUAUAAGCCGUGUUGUUGUUCUAAAGAAGGCUCUGUUGUAUUCGUAUGAUCAUAAGCGUUCGUCAGCCGUCAUACGGAUUUUUCUAUCGACUGAAAUCGAACGAGACGUAACACGAAAUAAACACGUAGUUAUACGCUACCACAACAAUUUUUAUGUAAAUAAUUUACGACGCGUUCUAUCGUAUAUCGAUGCAGACGUUAUCAACGCUUCCUUGCACGAAAUGAUUGGAUUUCGUAAUAAAAAGUUUUUUUUUUCUGCGACCAGCAUCUGGAAUCUUAUCACUAUAUAAAUACCCUUCUCCGAUUAAUUUGAGUUUUCAUUACUUCCAGUAAUUUCAUUAAGCCGUACGAUUCCAGCCACGUCAUCUUUAAUUAAUACUCAAAGACUGCAAGCUCUGAUUUUCACGUUCGCGUACCUUAUUUAGGAGUUAGUUUACUACCGCGCCACAUGGUUGAUAGGCAUCAUUUGUUUAUGUUGCCUCGGUGUAAUUCCAUGUGUUCUGUUAAUCCCUUUGUCGCUUUGUUUCUCUACGCGUGCGCAGUUAACACGGAAACAAUAGACCUUUCUACGUAAUGGAAUUUACGUGGGUUAGUCUUACUUUGAACGGUUUUCACCGUCUCUGCCAUCUCUAUUGUCAGCGCAAUCGUUCUUCAGGCUAUCAACGUAAAUUACUAUCGCCAACCGUAUCGCAAUUUAAUGGCAGCAUAGCAACUGAAACGUUUAAUAUAUUUGACAAGCAAAUCAUAAUUAUUUCCAGUUUAUAUUUGCAAACAACGCGAUUAAUCAUGGAUAAAAUCACGAUAAUUCUAAGCGUAACUAAGUAGACGGUCAUUUUACUGUAAAUAUGCCUCUGGUCGCUUAACGGGAAAAAUCUCAUCUCGCUCGAGGGAAAGGAAAAUAAAACUGAUAAUGUUUCAUUCGAAAAAA